GUCUCUGGUCCUGGUCUGCUCCACGUGUCCUCCCUCAGCUGACUGGAACCCGAACCUGAGCCCAGACCACUGACAGGUUCCGGACUGGAGCUGGGCGGAGGAGGACCGGGGACCAUGGAGUGCGCUGUGGACGCGCAGAGUCUGAUCUCCAUGUCCUUGAUGAAGAUCCACAAAUCCAGGACCCAGAGGGGGGGCAUGAAGCUGCACAAGAACCUGCUGGUCUCGUUCGUGCUCCAGAGCGCGCGCCAGGUCCACCUGAAGGACAGCUACGUCCAGAUCUACAGGAGGCAGCACGAGGAGGUCCUGGCGGUCUGUAACGAGAUCCAGGAGCUGGACCCGCUGGACCCGGACGAGGAGGCUCUGCCGGGCUCCGGGAUGGACCCGGACCCCCCGGACUACCGGAGCUGCUGCAUGGAGGCUCCGGUGUCCCACUGCAACAAGACCACCGUGCUGGACCUGGACACGCACGUGGUGACCACGGUGGACAACGGCUUCCUGCACCUGGACUGCUGCUGCGCACCCGGGAUGGACCAGAACCCGGACCCGGCGGCUCGGAAACGGAAGGGGGACUUCAGCUGUUCGGAGGAGGUGGUCUCGGACUUAACGGGGCUUAAGCGGCUCAAACGAGAGGACUGUCCCGAGCCGAACCCGGACUACACGGACACGUCCAACAUCUCCAACCUGAUCUCCAUCUUUGGGUCCGGGUUCUCGGGUCUGCUGAGCCGGCAGGCGGACCUGGAGCAGGUCUGCAGCAAGCAGGCUCUGGCAAGUCUGGGAGCCUGGACCCGGGCCAUCGUGGCUUUCUAGGAGGAGGGGGACCGGACUCAGGAUCCUGGAGCUAAGGUUCGGAACCAGCAGAACCCAGAGAUCGGAAACUAACCCGGUUGCUUCAUCAGGAGGACGUGGCAGCUGAUCCCAGAUCAGUUCUGUGGUUCUACUUGCCUCCACAACCCCAGUUUCCAGGGGCUCUAAAUAAACUGGGUGCUCUUAUUGACCCCCUUGACUCUGGAGGAUUUGUCUGGUCUGGAUUUUAAAACUCAUCAAAAUGAAAGACUUAAAAAAAUUCAGAUUUCAAAUUAAAAGUUCGACUGAAAAAUAAAAACCGGGAUUCAGUUACUCUUUAUUAU